GUGAUUUCGCAGAGAGAAACCCAAAGGGAUCGCAGUAACAAUCGGCAAGGGAGCGCACGAGAGACGGCACGAAAGUGGAUUCAGUACAAUACCUAACUAGCACAAGGAGUCACAUACAUUGGGAAAAAUAAACGUGCGGUGAAGAUGACAAUACCAAGGCAUCUACGACAGCGGUCGGAGUUCCUGACGUCUCUGGAGAAACGCCGUAGAAGGUGGUCGUUUCGGCAUUCAGUGGUUCUUGGUAUCCUUUCGUUGGCUCUGGUGGGAUGCCUUCGCUAUUUAGCUGUUCCUCUUGCCUACGAUUAUUCCCCACUUCAUAGCACCCGUAUGCAAACAAACACCGACUCGUACAGCGGAGAACGCUUGUUCGACUCCCCGGGAGACGUUCCGAUGGACUUGAUCCGUUCCUUCGAUGCGAUUCUGGUGCUCGGUGGCGGCAAACCGAGAGCAAUCGAUCGACCGCCGGUCUACGUCGAGAGGCGGUGUGAUGACGCCAUGGAAAUCGUCCGGACACGGUCCGAGAGCUACGCCAACGACACGAAGCACAAGCACAAGCACAAGCACCACGGAGCCAAAGAGGUCGACCACCAGCUGCCGAUUCUUUGCCUGUCGGCGGGGACGGCACACAUGCCACAGCUCUUGUCCGCCGACGGACUGCCCAUUUGGGAGUCGACGGCGUGCGCUGCGUACAUUCUCCGCGAGAGCCACCGGACCAACAACGGCACCGGGGCAUCGCUGGGAACAACCCCUUCGUUGAUACCGCCGGAAUCGAUCUUUGUCGAAACAUCGUCCUACGACACGAUCGGAAACGCCUACUUUGCCCGAACGAGCCACACCGAUCAAAACGGAUGGAGAAAGUUGCUGGUGAUAACCAACGAAUUCCACAUGGCCCGCACGAGGGCGAUAUUCGACUGGAUCUUUUCGAUUCCACCGGCGGUGGCGAUGGGGGUGGCUGCCGGUGGUUUCGGCGAAGGGUUUCCGGCCUACGACCUGUACUAUCUGGAAUCGCCCAACGUGGGCAUGGCGCGGGAAGCGAUCGCUGCCCGCAAGGAGCGAGAGGCCUCGAGCGCGAGGAGCGUUGACGCGUUGUCUAAGAAGUAUUCGCACUCGCUGGGGGACGUCUAUAGGUUUUUGACGCACGACCAUGCUCUGUACGCUGCCAGCCCGCUGGUGGAUCGGGGAAAGGCAACCGCUGCCGACAUCCUAGAGGACUCGGUGAACGAUGCCGUUAAAAAAAGCUAUGGGUUGUCUUAGGGAUUUCAAAAAGCAUGCUUCAAACACAUGUCUUG